AUUGAAUAAAAGAAAAUGGACGAUUUUGGAGUCAUUCCCGGCUCCAAGUUGCUUAUAUUUCAUUGAUUUUUUUUUUGUAUAAAUGCCAUAAUAAAAAAAAAUGGUAUCGACUCGAGGACCGAAGUUUAAAUUUACAGAUGGUGAAAAAGUUCUUUGUUAUGAACCUGAUCCAACAAAAGCGAAAGUACUUUAUGAUUCAAAGGUACUUGAUGUUAUAAUUAAUAAAGAUCAGAGAGGCAGAAAAGCAGUAGAAUAUUUAAUUCAUUUUCAGGGAUGGAAUUCUUCUUGGGAUCGUUGUGUAACAGAAGAAUAUGUUCUCAAAGAUACAGAAGAAAAUCGUCAAUUACAAAGAGACCUUGCCCAGAAAGCUCAAUUACAAUUAGGAGCCUAUUUAUAUAGAAGAGAGCGGAAGAAAAGAAGCCAUAAAUUUUCAGAUCGAUCUGUAGAAUCUGGUAUAGAAGCAAAGCGACGAGCUCGAAGUAGUGGUAGUCGUGCUACAUCAGCAACAACUGGAUCAUCAGAAGAUGGUAGUUCUGGACAACAUGAAGAUUAUGAUACUGAAGAUAUAGUUACAGAAGAAGAUACAGAAAGUAGCUCAGAUUAUGAAGAAGAAACAUCAGGAGAUGAAGAUAGUGGUGGUGGAAGUCAAUCAGGUGCUAGUAUUCGACCAGGAAUCGAUCUUGAAAUAGGAGCUACAUUAAAAAGAGUGUUGGAACAAGAUCAUGACUUGAUAGUUGAUAAAAAUAAACUUGCUGUAUUACCUGCACAACCAACAGUAACAAAUAUCUUAGAAUCUUGGAUACAACAUUAUACAACAACCCAAUUAACAAAUAUUCCUGAGAAACCACAAAGAAAUAAAAUACAAAAUAGUUUAGAAAAAACAAUAAGUGACAUAAACAUAUGCAGAGAGAUUGCAGAUGGCUUAAGAAUAUAUUUUGAUAUUACAUUAAGCGAUCUUCUUCUAUACAAACAAGAAAAAGAACAGUAUUCUACAAUGAAAUUAAUACCUGCAAUAACAAGCACUGAGGAAGCUACUUCCCUAAAAGAAGAAAUUGGAGAUUCAGAUAUAGUAAUAAAAGAGGAAGUUGAAGAUCCGGAGUUUUCUCAUCUGCCGCCGUUUAGAGAACAAGAACUGGAAAUAGAAAAAUCAACAGCAGCUUAUAUUACAAGUACAAAACGUAAAUUACGAUCGUGUCGAUUAAAUUCAGUUGAAGAGCCGAAACCCCCAAGACCUGUUGAGGAAAUAAAACAAGAAACAGGCAAUUUAUCAAGUAUGAAUAGCAUGGCAAGUACAAGUUCAAGAUGUUCAAGUCCUCGAGGAGUAACUCUUAGAAUGUCGGUACCUGUUAUAAAUUCAGCACAAAUAACUUCUCUAUUAGAAGAAUCAAAUAAAUGGCGAUUAAUGCCAGAAAUUAUAAUAAAAGAAGCGCAUCCAGAACCAUCAAUGAUUUAUGGUGCUGUGCAUUUAGUACGCCUAUUUGUAAAAUUACCCGAUUUACUCCAGAUGACGGAUAUUCCUAGUAAAAAAUUAAAAGUUUUAUUGAAAUAUUUAGAUAUGUUUUUAAGUUAUUUGGAAAUGCAUAGAGAAUGGUUUGGAGAACAAUUUUAUAUGCAAAAAAUAAAUUCUUCCGAAGAAGCAACUGCACAUCCUUAAUCUAAUUCUUAGUUAUUUUAUAAGCGAAUAUUAUUUUUAUAUAUCUUAUAUUUAAGAA